AUGGAUGUGGCUCGAACUUCCAACCACACUGGAACCAAUUCAUUGGAUGUGGUCCGAAGUGCUCGAUUUUCACAACCUCUGAGUUCCACGCCCACUCAACAAUAUCAUGUACAAUUUCCUUCCGAUGCUCCUGAACAUGGUUGGUUUGGGAGAAUUGGAUUAAAAAGGAGUAGUAGUAGUAAUAGUAGUAGUAAUAGUAAUAAUUGUGAAGGUACAACAACUAGUAGUGAUAGUACUUUUAGUAGAGAUAAUGAUCAUAUUGAUAGGAAUAUUCAUGACAAAGAAAAGAAGGUUGAAUUCAACACGCGUUCUUUAUCAGCAACCACCAUUACUGAUGAUUCCUUGUAUGAUCACACUGGUUUAUUGACAAUGUAUUAUCCAGAGAGAGCGAGUGAAUCUUCAUGGUUGCAUUCAUCAAAUUGUAAAAACAAAUUGGGUGGAUUUGAGAGUGGAGUGAAAUGUUGGGUUUCUGAAUUAGUUCAUGAAUUUUUGAAACAAGACAUUCCAGUGAUUUGUUUAAUGUUUUAUGAGAAUCCACAAGUGAGUGGUGAUUAUGAAGGACAUUAUCGAUUGGCUGUGGGUUAUGAAUCUGAAAUGGUGACAACAACAAAAUUUGUAGGUCAACAACGGAAUGGAGCUUUAUCGACAACAACUAAGGAGGUGGUUAAGAGAAUCAUCAUGUAUGAUCCAUACGAUCGAGAUGGAAAUGCACCCAUUUCGAAUUUCACUGUGGAAGAAUUUUGUCAUUUGUGGAAUUAUACCGAGUUGAGAUUUAAUGACACUUGUUACAAACCUUAUUUUGGAGUGGCAUUGAUGCCUUUGAGACUUUGGAUGAAUUCCAAGGAUCGUGUGAGAUAUACCUUGCAUACUCAAUACCCUUGUUUCAGGAACUUUCCUCAAUUAUUGAGUACUCGACUGCAUGACGUUUCUGCACAUGUGACUUUAUUUGGAAUUAAUCAAAAUCCAAUUCUCUUUCAAACCAAAAUUCCAAUCACCAAGCAGAUGGACCUCUGUCAAGAGCAUGUCAUGGAAUUGAACUUGAUGCAAUGGAUUUCAAAUUCCACCAUAUUGGAACAAGUGAGUCACAUUCGAGUGAGUGUGAGUGGUAUGAUUUGUGAUCACACAUUGAAAUGGCUCUAUGAAGAAAACACCAACAAGUUCAGUGAAGCCUACUCGUAUUGUGAUCGAGUGGGAGGAAGUCUAUUCAUUUCACGGUGA